CCACUGCGCCAUUGCCACUGCUUGACAACAACAUUGUCAAAAUCAAAACGUAAAGGUUAGGAUUCUACGAAAUGAUGUGUCAAAGUCGAAAUCAGUGAAUAAAUAAUAAAGUUUAUAGUAAUAAUGAAAAAGUAAUAAGCAAAUAUAUCUAAUUCAAGAUGGCUGUUGUAAUAGAAACAACUCUUGGUGAUAUUACAGUAGAUUUAUACUUAGAACAACGACCAGUUACGUGUUUGAAUUUUCUGAAACUAUGCAAGAUGAAAUAUUACAAUUUCAAUCUAUUCCACUCAAUACGUAGUGGUUUUAUUGCUCAAACGGGAGAUCCAACCGGUGAAGGGUCAGGUGGCGUGUCUAUUUGGGGCCUAAUAGAAGGGCCGCAAAAGCGUUUCUUUUCUGGAGAAAAAAUGCCUAAAAUACGUCAUACAGAUGCUGGUUUGCUAGCCAUGGUGUGCACAGAUGAUAUGAUGGUCGGUUCCCAAUUUUAUUUCACGCUGGCUCCAGAUUUAGAUUCCUUGGAUGGAGUGCAUUGCGUCAUUGGAGAAGUUACAGAGGGGCGGGAAAUAUUAAGUAAGUUAAAUGAAGUUAUAUGUGAUGAAACGCACCGUCCUUAUCAAGAUGUUAGGAUUACCCACACUGUUGUACUGGAAGAUCCGUUUAGAGAUCCUCCAGGGCUAACACCACCAUCUAGAUCUCCCUCACCAAGUGCUGAACGUUUAAAAGGUGGUAGAAUUGCACCUGAUGAAGAAAUAGAUGAGACACAAGGCAGAACUGCUGAAGAAAUACAAGAGAUGGUUGAGGAAAAAGAGGCUAAAGCUAGGGCAACCAUUUUGGAAAUAGUUGGUGAUUUGCCAGAUGCUGAUAUUGCGCCUCCUGAAAAUGUACUGUUUGUAUGUAAAUUAAACCCUGUCACAACAGAUGAUGAUUUAGAAAUUAUCUUUAGUCGAUUCGGAAAAAUUGUAAGCUGUGAAGUUAUUAGAGAUAAAAAGACUGGUGAUUCUUUACAAUAUGCAUUUAUAGAAUUUGCUGACAAGCAAUCAUGUGAAGAUGCAUAUUUCAAAAUGGAUAAUGUAUUAAUAGAUGAUCGCAGAAUUCAUGUGGACUUUUCACAAUCUGUGUCAAAAAUGAAAUGGUUGGGAAAGGGCAGAGGUGUGAAGUAUUUCAAUGAGAAUGAACCUAAAAAUAUUAAGGGAGGUCAAAAUAAAUCUAGAUCUAGAAGUAGAGAAAGACAUUUACAUUCAAGCAAUGAUAAAGAAAAGUAUAGAAGUAGAAGCAAGUAUGAUAAGUCACAAAGUAAUCAUAGAGAUAAGAAAUACAGCCCUGAUAAAAAUCAUUCAAGUCACAGAAAUGAUAGAGAAAGAAGUAGAAGUAAAUCAAGAACAAAAUAUCACAAGACAUCAUCAAAACGUGAAAGAAGCCCAUAUAGUAACAGGAAAAGCUCGGACAUAUAUAAGGACAGAAAAGACAAACGUCAUAGUACCCAUAACAAAGAUAGUAACAAAUAUAGUUAUAGUAAAAAAGAGAACCAUACUAAAGUUAAAAAUAGAGAAUCAUCUCUAUCUCCUAUAAAACAUAAUGAAGAAAAGGAAAGACAUAUCAAAAAUAACAAUAGACGGGCAUCUCCAUCUCCAACUAAAUAUGGUAAUGUCGAUGAUAGACAUUCUAAAGAUAAUAGGCGAAGGAAAUCUCAGUCGCCAACCAAAAAUGUACAUAAAAGAGAAAAACCUUCAAAUAGUAAUAAUAGAGCGGAAUCUCCAUCGCCUACCAGAAAUGAGAAUAAAAGUGAAAGGCAUUCUAAAAAGAACAAAAAGGAGAAAUCUCAAUCCCCCAGGAGAUAUACAGAAGACAGGAAUGGAAGUUCUAAAAGAGAUAAAAGGGAGUCUUAUUCUCCUGCAAGAUUGGCUAAUGAUAGUAAUAGACAUUCUAAAAGUAAUUAUAUAGAGGGACCUCCAUCACCUAUCACAAAACAAAAAGAUGAAAAUGAAAUAGAGAGAGAAAGUUCUAGAUAUGAAAAGAAAUAUGAACAAUAUUAUAAUAGUGAACAUGAUUCAAAAAAUAACAAACGUAAACAUCAAGAAAGUGAAAUAAUUAGCAGUAAUAAAAAAUCCAGACAUGAGCAACCUCAUACACCAUCUCCUUUAUGUGAAAAAGAAAAUCAAAAAAAAGAACAAAAGAAACUCAAAACUAAACAUACUAACAAAGAAAGUAACAGGAAAGAUAAAAAAUUGAAUAAAAAGAGAAAACCAUCUACAUCUUCUGAUAGUUCCUCGGAAUCAAGCACAUCAAGUAGUAGUACAAGUUCUUCGAGUGAAUCCGACAGAAAAAAGAAAAAGUUGAGAAGAAAAAGAAAGGAAUCAACUUCAAGUAGUAGUAGCGACUCUAGUGAUAGUUCAAGCUCAUCAAGUUCAAGUUCGACUAGCUAUAGUAGUAGCUCAAGUUCUAACAGUGACCACAAGAAAAGAAAACAAAAGAAGAAAGUGAAAAAAGUUGUUAAAAAACCUAGAAAUAAGUUAUAGUACUUAAUUGUAGAAUGUAUCCAGCUUAUAGUACAAGAAAAUGGUCUUUGAAAAAUCUAAUUCAUUCUACAAUGAGAGCCAUUAGAAUAAAUUUUGUAUGCAUUUGCAAUGCAUUAUAUGUAAUGUGGCACAAUUUAUUUUUCUUUACCUACCUAAAUUAGUUCUCUAGAAAAUAGUUUACUUUUAUUGACCAAUGAAUUUGAGAAUAAAAAAAUGUUUGCUUCUAACUUUCUAAUUAUAAAUAAAUUAAC